AUGACUUACGACGACCAGACGCCUUCGAGUCCGUCGCUCGCUGCCUCGAAAAAGCGCCGCCGGCGGUCGUCUUCCUACGGCGACGUACCUUCGUACGACCACUCGCUAUGUGCUGUGCCCGCGAUGGUGCGGAGAAAGACGAGCGACGCGCGCGUGACGGGACAGAACGACGGGGGAGGGGCGUCAACUGAGCUCCACAAGUCCGUCUUGGCGUCGCAACGUCGUACUUUAGCGGAGAUGGAUACGUUUGUCCAGGGCUGUCACUUGUGGCAGGAGAAAUUAGGGCGUUGGACGCACGAGUUGGCCGCGAGAGCACAAGUUGUCGAGACGUUAGAAGUGGCAAAAGUCGUGCAGGACCUCGUGACGAGUGUAGAGACACAGACGGUGCAGACGGAGUUGUGGACGAAGCAGGUGGAGCUGCAGUGGGCACGUUGGACGCUGAAAGACACGGAGAGGUACGUGACAGAGCUGCUGGAAGACACACGAGGGACGGAAGAGUUUCGAGCGAUAGAGAAGCAAUUGCAGGACGACCGAGUGGUGGAGCUCGAGAUGCAGUUGGCUCAGAAACGAGCUGUAGAGCAGGAGAAAGCCACGGAGCUGUCGUUACUGAGAGCAGGCGAAGAACAGCUGAUGCACGCGCGUGGUCUGGCGCUGCACGAGGAGUUUGAAACGUUGUCAGCGGAGAAAACUGCGAUACAAGCUGAUGUGAAGCGAUGGACAGAGAAGAUAAAGCACCAGGAACGCGAACUAGCAUGUGUAGACGAAGAGCGUCGAAACGUGGAGGAACAGAAGCGGAAGCUGGUGGAAGAAGUGUGUCAGGUGCGUGAGCAGCAGCAAGCGAGAGAGUCGCAGGUUACAAAGCAGAACAUAGAGAAGGCGAACGAAAACGAAAAAUUACAGGCCAAGUUGAUGGCGGCUGAAACCAGGGAAGUGGCGAUGGCGGCGAUGCUAAAAGCCGCAGAAAAAGCGAUGGAGAUACACAAGCAGCGCAAAGAAGAGCUCGAGAUCCUGUACACUAAGUUCAGCUCCGCUAUGGACGCCGUGUCUGACAAAACAAUGCGGCUAGAGGAACUGGAACAGGCGCUGAAAGACUUGCAGAAGGUUGUGCGUCGAAAUGAAGACCUCGAGAAGCAGGUCGCUCAGCUGCAGCAGGAAAAUUCAGAUCUGUCAGCUGCCGCACAUCGUUUCGAAAAUGACAUGAAGGAGAAAACGAUUGCGGUGCAAAAGCGACUUGAUGAGGUGAAAAAGUCAGAAAAUCAACAGAAGGAGCGUGCAAGUCGAUUGGAGGCCGAGGUUGCAGAGCUGAGGGUGCAGAAUGAGGCUCUGAGAAAAGAAAACGUCAAGCAUACGUACGAAGGUGUUGGACAACCGCCUGAGGAACGCAGCGAGCCGAGCACGGACGUUGCGGACGACCUGGUGGUCCAAGUUGCUGAGAAGGAAGCGCUGCAGAUGUUCGUGCAUCGCUACUAUACUGCUGCAGAAGAGAAAUGCACGAGCUUGCUUAGGAGGGUCAGCGAUUUGGAGUUGGAGUUGGAGAAAUCGCAGCAAAGCCAGACACAGACCGAAUAG